AUGGUCCCAUCUCAUCACCGUGUCUGUAUGCGAAUGGCCCACAGCGUUUCACAUAAAUCCUCAUGCCAGCACUCAAUUAGCCCUGAUUCGGACUAUCAAUCUCCGGCUGGUUACUGCUUGAGUGACUGUUCUUGCUGCUGUCAUGCCGCCGACCGCGCGGGCCUAGCGCCGCGCCUGUCUGUCAUUCUGCCACGUCCAAAUAAUCAAGACAGACACAUAGACCAACUCCCGAUCGAAUCCCUUGAAAAUUCCUCUUCGUUCCCAACUUGUCAAUCUUUUUCAAACGGACCUUCAAUUCCGCAUUUAAAAAAAAAAUAA